UCGUCUAGUAGUAUCGAGCUACAACAACACAAAACACCUCCGUCUAUUUACAGUGUCUUCGUAUCAGCCGGGGGACAGCACCGUUUAACAGGCAUUCUUUUUAUUUUAAUCCAGCGUUUCUUUUUUUGAAAUCCUGCGAUCUGAGGUCGUGUUUAUACGUAACGGCAGAGAGAGAGAGGGUUUUGCUUUGAAUUUGAGCAGAACUCUUCACACCUGCCUUUGUUAGCAAGUUAGCCUCGCUAAACUCUUCUGCCGUUCAGUAGCUUCUCGUCCUUUAUUUUCUGUUUGUUUUCUGGAUUAGUGUUAUAUAUAUAUACUCUUGUUGUAUACAUAUAUAUUUUGUAAAUUUACAAUAUCGUUAGUCAGCCAGCAGUUAACUGUUAUAGCUAAAGCAGUGCUAAAGGAUCAGCUCUUUGUUCGUGGCUCAGGAAAAUACCCACAUCAGCACCGCCUUGCAGUGAUGAUGAUGGUGAUGAAAAGGAGACAGAGCUGAGAGCCGAGUGUGUGUGGUUGUGUAACGUUCACAUUGGGAGUUGGAAGAACCUCUCCCCCACACACACUGCAUCCAUGUUCUCCCCCGACCAGGAAAACAUCUCUACAUCCUCAACCAAAGUGCCAGUCAAAUAUGGAGAACUUAUUGUGCUUGGGUAUAAUGGCUCUCUACCAAACGGGGACAGAGGUAGAAGGAAGAGCAGGUUUGCACUCCUCAAAAGACCCAAAUCCAAUGGUGUGAAACCGAGCACUGUACAUGUAGCCUGCACCCCACAGGCCGCCAAGGCCAUAAGUAACAAGGAUCAGCACAGCAUUUCCUACACGCUGUCCCGAGCACACACCGUAGUGGUGGAGUACACUCAAGACAGCAAUACAGACAUGUUUCAGAUUGGCCGCUCAACUGAAAGCCCUAUAGAUUUUGUGGUGACCGACACUGUUCCCGGGAGUCAGAGCAACUCAGACACGCAGACGGUUCAGAGCACCAUCUCUCGCUUCGCGUGUCGAAUCAUGUGCCAGCGAACGCCUCCUUACACCGCCCGCAUAUAUGCUGCCGGGUUUGACUCCUCCAAAAACAUCUUCCUGGGGGAGAAAGCAGCAAAGUGGAAGACUUCUGAUGGACAGAUGGAUGGUCUGACUACUAACGGAGUGUUGGUUAUGCAUCCUCGGCACGGCUUCACGGAGGACUCCAAACCCAGUGUGUGGAGAGAGAUUUCAGUGUGCGGAAAUGUGUUCACCCUGAGAGAGACCCGCUCAGCCCAACAGCGAGGAAAGAUGGUAGACAAUGAGACGCAAGAGUUAGUAGAUGGCUCUCUGAUCGAUCUCUGUGGAGCGACUCUCUUGUGGCGUACGGCUGAAGGGCUUUCCCGCACUCCCACCGUCAAACACCUAGAGGCACUCCGACAGGAGCUGAAUGCUGCUCGACCCCAGUGCCCUGUGGGUUUCAACACCCUCGCUUUCCCCAGCAUGCGCAGAAAGGACAUUGUAGAUGAGAAGCAGCCAUGGGUCUACCUAAACUGUGGACACGUUCACGGCUACCACAACUGGGGGAACCGCGAUGCCGAGAGGGAUGGAAGAGAAGGCCGGGAACGGGAAUGUCCCAUGUGCCGGGCUCGUGGGCCAUAUGUACCGCUGUGGCUGGGCUGUGAGGCAGGAUUUUAUCUAGACGCGGCCCCACCCACUCACGCAUUUAGUCCCUGUGGUCAUGUGUGCUCGGAAAAGACAGCGGCGUAUUGGUGUCAAAUCCCCCUCCCUCAUGGAACGCACACUUUUCACGCCGCCUGUCCUUUCUGUGCCCAGCAGCUCAGCGGUGAGCAAGGAUACAUCAGACUGAUCUUCCAAGGGCCUGUGGAUUAAACCCACUUGCCUACAACCUUAUGCAGCAGUAAUCCCAGUCUGAUAUUUUACACAAAUAUUCAGAUAAACAGUCAGCCUUUAUCUUUCUUCCAGUUUCUUUACGAUGGUCAUGUAAUUAACUUUUUAUAAAGCUGAAUUUUUCUGCA